AUUAAGAUAGGAUUCCUAUCGCAGAAAUUGCAACAAGAGAUACAGGCUAAGCCAGAGGCUUAUCCCUUUCAAGAGAUUCUGUACUGCAACAUUGGAAAUCCUCAGUCUCUUGGUCAGAAGUCAAUAACCUUUUUCCGGGAGGUUCUUGCAUUGUGCGACCAUCCAGCCAUUUUGGCCAAAAGUGAAACACAGGCUUUAUUCAGUGCGGACUCCAUAGAGCGGGCUAGGAAAAUUCUUGAUCAAAUUCCAGGAAGAGCAACUGGUGCAUACAGUCACAGCCAGGGAAUUAAGGGAUUACGUGAUACUAUUGCUGCUGCAAUCGAGGCUCGUGAUGGUUUUCCUGCUGAUCCAAAUGAUAUUUUCAUGACAGAUGGUGCCAGCCCUGCAGUGCAUAUGAUGAUGCAGUUACUGAUAAGAUCUGAGAAAGAUGGAAUUCUCUGUCCCAUCCCUCAGUAUCCUUUAUACUCCGCUUCAAUUGCGCUGCAUGGUGGAACUUUGGUUCCCUACUAUCUUGAUGAAGCUACAGGAUGGGGUUUGGAAGUAUCUGAGCUUAAGAAACAAAUGCAGGAAGCCAAGUCUAAUGGCAUCACAGUUAGGGCCUUGGUUGUAAUAAAUCCAGGCAACCCAAUAGGACAGGUUCUUGCUGAGGAAAACCAGAAGGCAAUCGUGGAGUUCUGCAAGGAAGAAUGUCUUGUUUUACUAGCAGAUGAGGUUUACCAGGAGAAUGUUUAUGUUCCUGAAAAGAAAUUCCACUCUUUUAAGAAGGUUGCUCGAUCUAUGGGUUACGGCGAGAAGGAUAUACACUUGGUAUCUUUUCAGUCGGUCUCGAAAGGGUAUUAUGGAGAGUGUGGAAAAAGGGGAGGAGGUUACAUGGAGGUUACUGGGUUUGGUGCUGAUGUGAGGGAGCAUAUAUACAAAUUAGCAUCUAUGAAUCUGUGUUCUAACAUCACUGGUCAAAUUCUUGCUAGUCUUGUCAUGAGUCCACCUAAGAGCUGAAAACUCGGAUCAAGAAGUACUUUGAAGGGGAUGAAGAGGCACUCCCUUCAGCUCUUGAGGCCAUUUUGCGGAGAAAGUUGGCUGGGAAGCAUGAGGAGACCGAUGAUGGAUUGAUGGAUGAAUUGGAGGUGCAACCACGAGACGAUGUGGAUGAUGAAGUGUUCGACUCAGAUUUUGAUAAUUUGUACUUGACUAAUGAAGAGAUAACUUGCAAUACUUGCAAUGUUUAUGAUGAAAUAAAGUGUGGAUAGAAAACCUGUCAAUACUUGCAAUA